AUGACACUAACAAGCCCUACUAAUAUUACAUAGGCAACUGCUUAGCCAUCAUCUCAGUAAUCACCCAACAGUAAACUCGAUAAUAAUACGGCAAAUUUCAAUACUGUUCAUUCAGAUAUUAACACUACAAUUAUAACUAAGGACAGCAUGAAAGGAAAUUUAUUAGAUCAUUAAAACGUUCACAGCUCAUGUUGUGGAAAAGGUGCUUGUCUUCUAUUUUGA